GAGAAUAGCGAGAGAGCGAACUGGAGAAGAGAGAGAGAGAGAGAGGGGGGAACAGAGAAAGAGGGCAGCCGUUGCGGAUUAAAAACCUGCCUUCUCUCUCGCUUCUUAAACACGCCGCCUCUCUCGAUGACCAUUACAAUCCGUCAGUCUCUAUUCAGUUCUUCCGCAUUCCUCCCGAAUCCCAAAAACUCAUUUUUCACCUUCUCUGAAUGCUCCUAACUUUGCACCAGUUUGUGUAAGCCAUCGCUUCCUUCCAUUGUCGGAACUCAUUGUUGGAUCUGCAUUGCUGAGAAGAACUGGCUUUUCCUGGCAUUUUCAGGCUGCUUAAAAGAUUAUUCUGUUUUCGCCAUGGAAGGAUGCAUAGUUGAGCAAGACUACGAUGAAUUCGAGAAGCUUCUUGGGGAAAUUCCCAAUGCAACUUCUGGGAACCAUCUUUUAAAGCAAACUAGCCUCACUAUUCAUUCUCAAGAAAUGGAUAGAGACUCCAUAAGGAAGACGAUGGAAUUUUCUUCUAGCAAAAAGGCUGGUAGCCUAUCUUCUCAAAGCAGAAAGGCUUCCGAACCAUCUAAUUUUCCCCUGCCUGCUACAAAUCGAGGGUGCAUGUCUUACAAUGGCGAUUUGGCAUUUUCCAAAUGUCCCCAGAAACUCCAAAGAAAACUAAAUAAGGGUUAUGAAUUUCCUGAGGCGAUUCAUAGGGAAGAGAAUUCCAAUUUGCCUGAUGAAAAAUGCCUGGCACGGUUACUAGAGGAAAUGAGCAUUGAAGAGAAUCUGACAUCAAAACCAAGUUCUCCUGCUCCAGUUACGAGCAAGCAAAGCCCUCUGAAUCGAACUUUCUUACAAAAUGAACAGAAUGUAAACCACCAAAAUAACUCCAUUCUUGGAUAUGAUACCAUAGAUAUGAGUUUACCCCCAUCUGGAACCCUUACUGGGGUAACUCUAUCAAGUAUUGAGCUUGAAGCGCAGUCUCCUGUUAUGACAAGAAAUGAGCUUAUAGAUCCAUGUGAUAGAAUUAAUGGUCAAUGUAAUGUGAAAUUGUUUAAACCUGGCAAUGUUUAUGAACCAAACCAAAUCGCACGGAGUUUAGUGGGCAACUUUUCCGACCAUCAGCAGGUUUGUCCAAUGAACACCAUGGCUAUGCCCAAUUCUUGCUUCAAUACUCAUCAGUUGCUACCAACCGCACAGGGUGUACAAUUACCUAAUGUAUAUCAGCCCAACUACUAUAUGGAUACUCGAUCCCCUCCCUCGCAUAUAGCUCAACAAGGUAUGCUGUGGCAUAGCAUGGAAGAUGAAAGAUUUGGCCGUUUCUAUCAACAGUACUUAUAUGCACAGAAUUUACAAAAUCAAAGGCCUGAAGUCCAUCAAGUUCCAAAGAAUAUUAAUUUUGGUAGGGGGCCUUUUAAUGGAAAUACUUUGCACCAAUGCUUCGAAUUUCCUAUCCCUCAACGCCUUGAACAUUGUAAUCAAAAUCUACAUCUGAACGGUAAUACAAUUUAUGAUAAAUCUAAUUUGUUGGAUUAUUGCCAAUACCAGCGUCAGCCGUCAUCUGAGAGAUUUGAGAACUUUUGUUCUUGGAAUGGAGAGAAGGUAUUAUCUGCUAAUGGUCUAAGUUGCUCUGUCAAGGAUUUCCAAAGGCAUCAGAUGUUUGAUAAAGUUGGAAUUCACGGCUUUCCAGAAAAGAUUUUGACUAGGUCACAUGGUGUGAACUCAGUUAGAGUUCUUAGGCCCAGUCUUUUUGCACCGGAUCAACCAUUGCUUUUUGAUGAAAACAGUUUGAGAUGGUCAAAUGGCAAUGCCCGCCAGCCUUACGGUCUGAAUAAUGGAUCCCUGCAAUUGGAUAAUCAAAGCUAUAGAGGUUCAUGUUCUGAUGUUUUUUACUCUGGGAUUGCUUCAAAGUCAAUGCAGAAAAAAUACAAUUCAGUCAAUGAAGUUUUAGGGAGAAUAGUUUUGCUGGCAAAGGAUCAGCAUGGAUGCCGUUUUCUGCAGAGAAAAUUUGCUGAAGGUAGUCAGGAAGAUAUUGACAAGAUCUUUUCAGAGAUUAUUUUCCAUAUCAUUGAGCUCAUGACUGAUCCUUUUGGAAAUUACCUUAUUCAAAAGCUUCUCGAAGUAUGCAAUGAAGAGAAAAUGAUGUUUAUACUGAAAGUCGUUACCAGAAAUAAUGAUGAACUUAUUAGAAUCUCAUGUGAUAUGCAUGGAACCCGUGCUGUGCAAAAGAUAAUUGAAACUGUGCGGACGCCAGAGCAGAUUUCUAUGGUUGUGUCAUCUUUGGCUCCCAAUAUCGUUUCAGUAAUGAAGCAUAUCAAUGGUAAUCAUGUUGCACAACGGUGCUUGCAAUAUCUUUCUAAGUACAGCAAGCUUCUUGUCGACGCCGCAAUUAGCCAUUGUGUAGAGCUGGCCACAGAUCGCCAAGGCUGCUGUGUUCUUCAAAAAUGUCUUAUGCAUUCAGACGAUGAUCAAAAGCAGAUGCUUAUAGCUAAGAUCUCAUCCUACUCACUGAUCCUUUCCAAAGAUCAAUAUGGGAAUUAUGUAGUUCAAUAUAUCCUUGAUUUACAUGACCCAUGGGCAACCACUGUCGUACUGCAACAGUUAAUGGGAAAUUAUGAUCAUCUUUCAGUGCAGAAGUACAGCAGUAAUGUGGUUGAGAAAUGCCUCGAACUUGCCGAAAAGGACAAUUUUGCCAAAAUUAUUCAGGAACUAAUGAGAUCUCCUCAACUAUCACAGAUCCUGCAAGAUCCAUACGGAAACUAUGUAAUGCAAACCGCUCUGAUUAAAUCCAAGGUGCACGAAGAUCUUCAUAGAGAUCUUGUAGAGGCCAUCAUAUCACAUUCUUCUGCACUCCGUAGUAGUCCUUACGGGAAGAAAGUUCUCUCAACUGCCUUAAUGUCUCUGAAGAAGUAAUCUUUUCGAAGUAUUUAAUUGCACAGCCUACUUUUUGCUUUGUUGCUUCGUACAGUAAAAUGGCUUACAGAAAGGAAGUGUGUAGUAUCAGGAAAAAUGUAAAGCUAAAGGAAAACCAAAUCUGCAUUGGGUCUGUAAAGAAGCUUAUAGGAAUGGCUCCAUUUAUCUAAAGUUACUAUGGUUUUAUCAUUCAAGAAAGUUUUGCAUAAUAGUUAUAGCAUUUAUAUGUGAAAACUAGUUUCAAGUUUCUUCUUGAAAGUGUAAUUGCCUUUUGCUGUAGAAAAUAGUGGCUGAAAUUUGUAGUUGCUUGGUGUAAUCUAAAGAAUCUUCUGCUAUGUUGUGCUUAUGUCAUUGGAAUCACAGGUUUUUUCUGUUGUUA